UGGUGAGAGUGACGUGAGAGCAGAUGUUUUUCUUGAAACAGGAUGAAUCUGACGUUUCUUUGGUGGAAUUUGGUUUAAGAGCAUUUUCAUGUUUUUCUGUGAUUUGGCUUCUUAUCUUUUGGCUGAUUUUUUCCUGAUAUUUGUGCUUCAGUAAAACAUCUGAUCAGGAGGAUUUACUGAAGAAGUACAUUUCAUGUGCCUCUCGAGGUUAGCUGCAGAGAGGAGGUUGCUGCCUUGCUUGAGGGCAUGUCCAAGGUUCCUGAAGACAGAAGAAGCAUAUUUCCCAGCGGACCUCCUUUAGGACUCCAUGCCCCUAAAGCAUGGCCUCCAAGCUGUGUUGGAUUUAAAGCUCCACUAAGGCUGUCGAUGUCUGCGGAAAUGUUGUAGUGGGAAGCAGAAGAGGAUAAUGCGAUGCAGAUGAUGGUUCUGCUGGCUGUGCCAUGCUGACGGGGAGACGAGGUCUCGCGAGUGUUUGUCUGUGUUUCUUCUGUCUGCUCACCCUGCCACAACAACCUGCAGCACUAAACUGCUACCGGGACAUCCUCCACCGGGUCAAGACACUGAGCAAGGUGGCCCCGCUGAAUUCGUUGGACUGCAUGCUGUACACGCCCGCCAUCGACGACUAUGAGUGAUUCUGUGUUCGACCCUGUGGUCUGCUUAACAGUGAACGCUGCACUGAUCCCAACUAUCUGGACCUGCACCUUGAGGCAGGAUGAGCUGAUAGAACUGAAGAAAAAGUAUCAGAACUGCUCUAAAAGUGCGCUGAAAUGUUUUGCUGCUGAAGUGACAGUCAUCAUCCAAGAGUGGAAAACUAUUGAGAAGGUUAACAGAAAGUGGGACUUGGACGAGAAGCUUGCAGAAGUGGCAGACUUGCUUAACCAGACAAACCCAGAGUGUCUUCAGUGUGAGCAGCUCAAGGAGGAAAAUGCUAAGGACUUUUUUAGGGUUCUUGAAACAUUUAUUCAGCUGAUGAACAGCGCUCCUGGGGACUGCAAAUCCUACUCAUGACCCCCUAACAGACUUCCAAAAAGGACUUCAUGACAUCAGGCUCGCUCUGUUGCUGUUAUAAAUGCACUCCUGUGACAUUUCACCUCCAUCAUGAGUGUGGAGGAUGAAGUUAUCCUCCUUCUUUGCUGUCUUCAGAGGAAGUGACAGAGGAGAAGGAGGCUAGAAUGGGAUCGAUGGAGCCAGAGGUGGAGCUAAAGCUGUGUGCAUGUGCAUGUCUGACUGUGGAGCUGCCACUCUGCAGAGCUCUUACGCUUCCACACUGCCAUAAUGCGGUGAAUUAACAGACAAAGAUGCUAAAUAAAACGCUGUCAUGGAAUCCAUAUAAAUGUCUGAAGGUGUGAUGGCAGCACAGCUUUGUUAUGGUACCUGUCUUUUUUAUGAAAUAUCUUCUUAGCCCCAAAUAAAAGCAAG